CGUUAUUCAAAAAAUUCAUGUAAAAAUGUAAUUCAUGCUGAAACCUAGACAAAAGAAGGCUCCCUGAACGUCAUCCGAAAACGAUUGCUGUAGAGUUUUCCGCAUGACCGCGCAUCAGGACACAUUUUACGUUAGUUGCACGAUUAAUUCUCCUUUUCCGUUUGAUAUCAAUUCCAAUUUCGAUUCGAAACGCUUCAGUAGAUAUUUUGCAAUCGUGGUUUGAACAUAGUUUCCGAUCCGUCUGAGGUCCUGGUCGAAGGACACUGUUUUGUGUUCUUGUGAAAUUACUUGUGCAAUAUUUGAAACAAUGAAUGAAUGAGAAAUUUGAAACGGUGCCUUUUUUGGUUGAAAUUCUUGGAAGAUUCAAAUGAACUAAACGUAGUGAAAAAUGAUUGUUAACUCCUCCAAUGAUCCUAGUCAAAUGGAUUCCCAGAACCACCAAAACGAAAAUUUCUACUUGAAGAGAAAGCUCACGCUGGACAUGCUAGAUUCGAACCAGUCAUACGUACAACCCAAAAAACGAUUGAUUCAGAAUUUCUCAAAUAACUUUGUUGAUCAGUGUAACGAAAAUUUCAAUCUAAAUGGGAAUAUGUUCACAACUAAUGAGUGCAAUGGAAUUGAACUGAUAAACUUCGACGGUGUAACGCUGGUACCGCCUAUUCAAACGACAACUAUUUACACCACAACUGCGGGUAGUGACAAUUAUGAUGGUUCGUGGAGCAGUCCCGAUCUCCUGGAGUUGGAUCAACGAUACAAUUCGAUCGUGAAUUUGGAUACAAAUUGUGUAGAUAUAUCAAAAACUCCCGCGGUUAACACACAAAAGCAGCCUGAGGUCCUGAACAACACAAACACUGGACAACAAAUGCCGAAUCAAGAGCAAAAUGAUAUGGACUUCGACGAUCGGAACCUUUCAUGGCUCUUCAAUUUCAAACUGGACGAAUUACCGCAUCUAUCGCCAGAGGUUAAUCGAACAAGUCAACUAUCACCGACAAGCAAACUACAUCAACAAAACGAGGAGCACUUACAGCAACAAUUGCGAACAGGACGAAAAGUUGACGAACUAAUCAUGGAAACGACUGCCGAUCUUGAUGAAAGUGAAAUGUCUAUAGCUGAAAAUGUGGUUGUGGAAAACACUCCAAAAAUGCCAAAAAAGCCACCAUUCACCUAUACCGAACUGAUUGAAUACGCACUGGAGGACCGAGGCGAACUAACAGUGUCAGGCAUCUACCAAUGGAUAUCUGAUCGAUUUCCAUUCUACAAAUCAAACGACGAUCGAUGGAAGAACUCAGUGCGACAUAAUCUUUCUAUCAACCCCCACUUCCGAAAGGGCGUGAAGGCAGCUCAAGGAGCGGGGCAUCUUUGGACCAUUUCUAGUCGAGACUCCGAAGAACACAAUCUAGCAUGGCAACAUAAGAAACAACGUUUGGAACUUUUCUUCAAAAUGGAACAAUCCAAUCAACGGAAAAUGUCUACGCCUCCGGAAACCAAUUCAACUAUAUUUGAUGAAACGGCUGCAGCUGUAGCUAAUAUUACUCAACUGAUUCAGAAUGAAACCCAACCAUCCGGGGCAGUACAAAGCGCAUGUGUAGCUGACGAACAAAACCAUUCCUCAAUGUCACUCGACCUAAUGACCCGCAAGGAUGAUCUUGAGCGAGCAGCGGGUGAAAUUUUGAAUGGAAUACAUCGUGACGUCGAAGUGCAAUCUAUACAUUCCACGAUUAUCACAUAUCAGGAUAGUUUGUUGGAAGGUGAUUAUUUAAAUUCCCAUGGCGAGAAGGAUCAUCUUUCCGCUGAAAAUAAUCUACGACUCCAUCAUAAUCACCAGAAUGAAAUCGACAAUGCCUUCUAUGUAACCGAAAUUGAUCCAGUUGAACUAGGCAUCAACAUGUCGAAUGUCGAGGAGGAGGUCCUAUUCAGCGAUGAAUUCAACUUGAAUUACUUUGGCAUUACGUCAACCAAUGAUAUUGUGGCUUGACAACUGAACGUCCAAAACAGUGAAUGCAAUAUCUAAAAGUAUUUCUCUUAGAAUAAUUUAUGUUUAGUAUUUCUUUCUACACUUACUUAUGUAUGUAUAAGUACCUACUUAAAUCGGGAGU